UUGACUGCCGAAUGCAAGAGAACAUAGUUAAAUCAAAAUCCUGAGACGUUUCAAUUACGUACCUUAUCCGAUAAUUAAAUACCCAUUAAUCCUGUAAUUAACCAUGGUUAGCGUUUCCUAACCUUGUGUUCCCCUUGGUUCCUAUAAAUACUCUUCUGCAGGACCCUCAUGUUCUUCCAUAUUUCGAGCUUUGUUGGCUGUGCUCCUACCUUUUCUCAGAGUUUAUUCUUCAUAUAUAUAUAUUUCUCUGAUUGAUCUUGUACCUAUUUUGUUAGAUAAGAGACUGAAGCAAAUCUGUUGAACUUAAACGACAUAAACUUUGGUGUUUUAUGAUGCCUAGGGUGAACCCGGAUCCAUCUGACAAAGAUUCGGAGCCGUUCGUGGAGAUUGAUCCAACGGGCCGAUACGGCCGGUACAGCGAGCUACUUGGGUCUGGGGCAGUGAAAAAAGUCUACCGCGCGUUUGAUCAAGAAGAAGGAAUAGAAGUAGCAUGGAACCAAGUCAAACUAGGAAACUUCACAGAUGAUCCCGCCAUGAUUGACAGGCUUUAUUCGGAGGUCCGGUUGCUAAGAUCCUUAACGAACAAGAACAUCAUUGCCUUGUACAAUGUGUGGCGGGACGAGGAGAAAAACACGUUGAACUUCAUCACCGAGGUGUGUACCAGUGGGAAUCUGAGGGAGUACAGGAAGAAACAUAGGCAUGUAUCGAUGAAGGCGUUGAAGAAGUGGUCGAGGCAGAUUUUGAAGGGUUUGGACUAUUUGCAUACCCAUGAACCUUGUGUCAUUCACAGAGAUCUCAAUUGUAGCAAUGUUUUUGUUAAUGGGAACGUCGGUCAGGUAAAGAUUGGUGAUUUGGGUUUGGCUGCAAUAGUGGGGAAGAGCCAUUCGGCGCAUUCAGUGCUGGGGACGCCGGAAUUCAUGGCGCCGGAGCUCUACGAGGAGGAUUACACGGAAAUGGUCGACAUAUACUCGUUUGGAAUGUGCAUUUUAGAGAUGGUGACUUUGGAAAUUCCCUACAGUGAGUGUGACAAUAUUGCCAAAAUAUACAAGAAAGUGUCGUCCGGGGUGAGACCUCAGGCGUUGAGCAAGGUGAAGGAUCCGGAGGCGAGGGCAUUCAUAGAGAAGUGCCUUGCACAACCAAGGGCAAGACCCAAUGCAGCCGAGCUCCUCAAGGACCCAUUCUUUGAUGAACUUGAUAACGAUGAAAAUGAUGAAUCAUUUUCUUGAUGGAGGCAAAUCAUGCUGUCAUGCAUGUAUAUGGUCGAAUUUGUACUUGUCUAAUCUUAAUUAUUGUUUUUAACAUGUAUAUGUUUGUUUAUGAUGAUUGGGGUGGCUUAAGGCUUUGAAAUUA